AUGGAAUUAGACUUCAAUAUAGACGAGUUGGUUGACUUGAGCUUCCUAACAGAAGAGGAACAGGAUAUGAUUAUACAGGUUCUGUACCGCGAUACCGAACUCCGCUUAUUGGAGGAAGAACGUAUCAAGAAGUUACAACAAUCAAUUCAUGAUCCAGAACGACUAAAAAUUGUAACAGGGGAUUGGUUCAAGGAAGCCAGAGCAAAGCGCCACGCAGACAAACAAUUCGGAUCGGACAUUAUCCGGGCUUCCAUUCGUAAGAAGAAAAGAACAAAAGAUGAAAGAGGAAAGAGGGUGACAACUAAUAAGGAGAAAGUCAUUACUGACAAACAGAGCAACCACAGCCAAGAGGAACAUGAGAAUGAGAACGACAUUGUAACUAAUGAAGAGACAAUUAAUUCUGAACUGGUGAAUACAGCAGUGGAUGAGACAGAUUGCAAACAGUCAGAAAGUAACAACAGUUCAAUUAGCGACGAGUGCUAUAUUACAUCAAAUGAGGAAACUUUUACUUUAGACACCAAUACCCAGAUCAAUCAAGAUGGUAAUGAGGACUCUGAGACAAAAGUUGCUGUGGACAAUGACUCGUUGGAAACUGAGAACAAGAAUUUGGUGCCAGUUAUUGCAGUGGAGUUGCAGAGUGAUGAUCCAGUUGAUGACGUUGGUGGUGAUGAUGAUGAUAAUGUUAGUUCCCGGAACAAUAAAGAGGCCAACUUGCAAGCAGAAGAUGUGGAUAUUAACAGCUCCGUAUCUAAUUUGGCCCCUGCAAUGGAUAUUGGCAGCUCAAUGUCCAGUUUAUCAUCAAAUGCUCUUAGUGGCAGUAUGAUGAGCCUAUACAGCAACGCUGAUGUUGGGAAUGUGGAUGUGAGAGGCACUAUCACCUUCUCACUCCAUUACAAUGAGGGCAAAAGUGAGUUUUGUAUCCACGUGCUGCAAUGCAAUGAUCUGGCUGGAGCCAAGAAAAGCAGUUCCAACCCCUACGUGAAGAGUUAUCUUCUCCCAGACAAAUCAUCUCAAGGCAAGCGGAAGACCUCAGUGAAGAAGAAGACCCUGAAUCCUACGUUUAAUGAGCAGUUAAUGUACAAACUGGAGAAAGUGGAACUGCGGAGUCGGACUCUAAACCUCUCAGUGUGGCACAGGGACCACUUUGCACACAAUCUCUUCUUGGGAGAGGUGGAGGUCAUGCUGGAACUGUGGGACUGGAGUAAUACCAACCCAACAACAUACAGCCUUCAACCGCGGGUUGCUGCUCCAUCAAACACGAACCAAAGCAAAGGUCAGCUGAACUUGUCCCUGAAAUUCAUCCCAGCAGGAUCAUGUGAUCAAGGAUUACCUUCCACGUCAGAAGUGCACAUCUGGCUAAAGGAAGCACGAAAUCUAAUCCCCAUCCGACCCAAGGGCAUCAACUCCUUUGUUAAAUGUUGUAUUCUACCAGAUAUCAAUAAGUCCAGUCAACAGAAGACCAGAGUGAUGAAGAAAGACCUGAAUCCUGUUUAUAACCACACAAUGGUAUACGACGGCUUUCAGGCAGAAGAUGUGCACGAGACCUGUGCAGAAUUCACCGUCUGGGACCAUGAUACCUUUUCCAACCAGCUCCUGGGAGGAUUGAGACUCAGUCUGGGAACAGGUUUCAGCUAUGGCCAAUCUGUCAACUGGAUGGAUUCAAAUAAGGAAGAGAUUUCUGUGUGGCAGAGGAUGCUUGAUGUUCCUGGAGAGUGGGUGGACGCUGUAUUACCAAUCCGAUCCAAUGUGUUACCCAGUGAAUGAUCACAGACCUGGAGACCGCUUCUGAAAAAAAAAUUAAUAAAAUGUGUGAGUUAGCUAUUCCUUUAGAACAUUAUGCAUGGGUCAUUGGACUUAAAAUGAGAAGCCAAUUACUUGUUGGGGUUAGGAGAUGUCAUUACUGCCUGUUUUGGAGAGAUGAACAACUGAGAAUUUGGACAUUCAGGUGAGGAGAUGUAAAGGAAGAGAUGAACUGAGAUAAGAUCAACAUCCAAGGAAGAAUCUGGGUCAGGGAAUGAGAAUUGGGACCAAGCAAGAACUAUAAAUUCCACCCCACCUCCACCUCAGACCUGCAAACUAUGUGUGGCCACCACGGGUUUCUUUCUGAAGACUUUUAUUUCACUGGAAUUCAACUAUAAAAGGAAACUUUUAUUGGAAGUUAAGCCCAGGUUGGCAAAUUAACUGUGAAAUGUUUAUAAAUCAGAUGGAUUCAAGUGGGAAGACUUUUAUUGCAAAUGGCAGUCUUUUGUCAAAGUGGAAUAGAUAAUGAUUUCAGUGUAAUUCCCUGAAUCCAUCUGCAGGUCCUCACAAGUUACAAUUGAGCAUUUGGGAGACUCGCAGAUCAAGUGGCAUGGAUUUGCCAGCUGCUGUGGGGGUUUCAGCCAUCUUCUCCUGUGUGCAAACUUGGUUUGUGCCAAUGUUCGAAUGGUUAUGUUAAACACCCUGCUUUAACUACAUGUUGCCUUUGUAUGGCUUAUGAUUUUAUUUAAAUAUAUUGCUAGGUGCCUGCAUUUCUGACUCAUGAACUGGGCUGCAACCCUAGGGAGGAGCCGUACUUGAGAAGUUCUUAAAAUGUUUGCAGUGUGAAGCUUUUUUUAACGUUAUCUUCUAAUAAUCCAAUUAAUUAAAUGAAGCCUUCUUCAAAGUUCCUGAUAUUUUCAAAUUUUAAUGUAUAAAAUUAUUAACCUAUACUUUUCCAACCAAUAAACCUACUGCAUUUUCUGCAUUGCAUACUUAUUACAAUAUAAAAAAACUAUCUGGUCCAUGCUGGUUUCCAGUCAGUCUCAUGUUCCCUUUUUUAAAAAUUUUUCUCAUAUGCCAAAAAACUCCCCUUUUAUUCCUUACUUUCACUAAAGUGUCUGUGGUGUAGUGGCAUCGCACCAGCCUUCAAGGCAAGUGGUCCCGGGUUCGAAUCCAGCCAGCUCCUUGCCUGCUUUCCAUCCCUGUUGGGUCGAGCAUCGAACUAGCAACUCAGCCUCGUAAAAUACAGAUAAAAUGCUAAAGAAACACCACUAGUCGUGGAAAAGAACAACAAACAAAAAUAAAGGGUAAUGUACAGUGAGCAAUUAACCUAUGGCAUGCGGAAAGACCCAGAGCAACUAACAGACUCUCACAAGACUGCAGGGAAACAUGACCACACAUGCACUUGUACAAUUUGACCAUUUUUAUCUUUAUGAGCUUUGCUCACUUCCUUAGUUUCACCAAUCUAAGUAUUACAGAAAAACGUGUCAUCAUCGGUGGUUAUCUUUUGAUUGCAGCCUGGUUUCAUUUAACUGUAAACCAAUUCCAAACUGACCUGCGACUUUUUUUUACUAUUUAAAUACAUAACACAUUGGGCAGACCCCCUAUCUAAGUUUUAGGCCCCCUAUCUGAGAAAAGAUUUGCUGGCUAUUGGAGAGUCAAAAGGAGGUUCAUGAGAAUUAUCCCAGGAAUGAAAGUUUUAACAUACAAUAUGAGGCAAUUUUGAUGGUCCUGGGCUUGUGCUCACUGGAGUUCAGAAGAAUGAGAGGGGAUCUCAUUGAAACCUGUCAAAUGUUGGAAGAUCUGGAUAAAUUGGAUGAAGGAGAUGAUGUUUACUAUAGAGGGGAAGUCUAGGCCCAGAGGACGCAGUCUCAGAAUUGAGAGGUAUCUAAUUACAACAGAGAUGAGGAGGAAUUUUUUCA